GUGUGGACUACAAAAGCAUGGCAGCUGCUGAGGCGGCGGCGGUGGUGUUGUCGUCCUCUUUGAAACCAGACUCAGCCCCAGUCCCCGAAAGUGCAGGGACAGCUGCAGCAACGGCCCCCACAUCCUCAGCGAUGGCUGCAGCCGCGGCGCUUGCGGCCGCGGCCAGGACCGGAUCCGAAGCCACGGUCUCCAAGCCCGCGUUGGCUACUAAGCUGCUGUCGCUGAGCGGCGUGUUCGCUGUGCACAAGCCCAAAGGGCCCACUUCAGCCGAGUUGCUGAAUCGGCUGAAGGAGAAGCUGCUGGCAGAAGCUGGAAUGCCUUCUCCAGAAUGGACCAAGAGGAAAAAGCAGACUUUGAAAAUUGGGCAUGGAGGGACUCUAGACAGUGCAGCCCGAGGAGUCCUGGUGGUUGGAAUUGGAAGGGGAACAAAAAUGUUGACCAGUAUGUUAUCAGGGUCCAAGAGAUAUAUUGCCAUUGGGGAACUGGGGAAGGCUACUGACACGCUAGAUUCUACAGGGAAAGUAACAGAAGAAAAACCUUAUGAUAAAAUAACACAAGAAGAUAUUGAAAGCAUUCUGCAGAAAUUCACUGGGAAUAUAAUGCAGGUACCUCCCCUCUAUUCUGCAUUAAAGAAAGAUGGCCAGAGACUUUCAACUUUGAUGAAGAGAGGUGACGUAGUAGAAGCAAAGCCUGCCAGGCCAGUUACUGUAUACAGUCUCUCCCUUCAGAAAUUCCAGCCACCAUUUUUCACACUAGAUGUCGAAUGUGGAGGAGGUUUUUAUAUCAGAAGCUUGGUCAGUGACAUUGGCAAAGAACUCUCUUCCUGUGCCAAUGUGCUAGAGCUGACGCGCACCAAACAGGGACCGUUCACCCUGGAGGAGCAUGCCCUGCCCGAAGACAGAUGGACGAUUGAUGACAUCGCGCAGUCUCUCGAGCAGUGCUCAUCUCUUCUCCCAGCAGAGCUGGCACUUAAAAAAUCAAAACCUGAGGAGUCUAAUGAGCAAGUUUUGAGCUGUGAGUAUAUAACUCUGAAUGAGACAAAGGGAGAAGAUGAUGUAAUUAAGACACUUUAAGGCUGGCUUGGGAUUGUUAUCAUUUCCUGGUUGACAUUUGAAUCCUGUGUGCAGAAUGACAGGCUACGUGCAAAAGACAAAUGAUACCUCUGGGUUUUUUUCUUUUUUUGCAUGAAGAAAAAUGUCCAUCGUUGACGGUUUCUAUGGUACACAAUUUAUCUGCCGUACAUUAUAAAUAGCCCUCCAGUUGUCCAUUUCUUGCUGUACUGUAGAAUGUUGUCAUGCUGUUAGAUCGGAUUCAGGAAAAGCAACUUUCUGAUUUUGAUCUCUCUUAAAAAGUCUUUUCCUAUGAAAAGGUUGACCAUAUUUUCUAAUCAGAGGGGGAAAACAAUGAGCUACAUGUUUCUUUGGUGUCAUGAAGUGAAUGUAUAUUUGUUUCUUUGACUUUAUUUUGGCUUCCUGGUGGCUCUGGUUAUUGAAACUCCUUAACUAUGUUUGAAAAAGCCAUUAUUUAGCUCUUACGUCUUAGAGAGUUUAUGAUUAUUAAGAACAUUUCUUUAAUAAUGUUAUACUUAUCUUGGUAAUAGCUGUGUUUGUUUAGAUCUUGGAAACUAAUAAACUUUUAUAAUAAAUAUUUGUAACUGAACCAAAUUAUUGCUGCUACCACUAAUGGAAUGUAAAGAGAAGACUAAAUGUUUAAAUAAAUUCACCUCUACUCUACCAUUAGCAUAGGACAGCUCCUAUGGUUUAUGUUUUGGCAGCUAUGAGAUGUUUUCCUGGUAAUCAGUACAGUCGACCACCCCGUGCCAAUAUACUGAAUAACCUAAUUUUUAAAAAUUAAGCUAAAGAAUGCGUCUUCAAUUAAAAACUUUUCUUUAUUUUUUAGUCUUUAUUUACACCUCUUUCUAGGUAUCAAGCCCCUGGUAUUUUGUUUGCAGUUUGCUUUUUCAAGUGAUGUUUACAAACUUUGAGGCUUGCCCUGUAUUUGCAGUUAAUCCCAUUUCUUUAAAUGUUGAGAAACAGUUGUUCUCGAACAUUUUCAUUCAAAUGGCAUACUGACAGGUCCAUGUCCCUCUUUACCAUAGUUUUGAAAACAGUCACAUUCCAAAAGAGUAAAUUUCGUGUGUAAUGAGUGCUUCAUAUUUUUGUUAUGGGAAAGCAAUAUAUAAUGCAGCCAGUCUGUUCAAAUCCCACUGCAUUUAUUCAAAUAAAUAUAAGUUCAAAGGGAAGAGUUGUUAAAUUUUCAUCAAAUAAGAAUUUUUAGAUUUUUAUGUAUUGUCUUUCUUGCAAAGGUAGUUGUUACGCAACCUCCAACCUCUAAAUUUUAAAUAUGUACAGAAAAAUGGUCGUAUUUGUGGUGAACAUAACAUAAACUCAGUCUAAGAAGUUACAUGCUUCAGUAGAGCACUUUCAGUGUAUUGUCAACAUUUUUAGAACGAAAAUGUUAGAACUUUCUUAAGUGACAGAAAAUUGUAAGGAAAAGAGCUAGUUAUCAUAAUGCCUUAAAUAAAACUUCAGACAUACAAAGUGGUAAGCUGAAACUUUUACCAGUUUGUGGCUAGUGGCCUGCAGUUUGUGUUGCCAAAGCUGGCAGUGGUUGCCUCUUCCUGUUGGAAUGGGACAGGGUCCAGUACGCCUUCACACGCUGCCUGAUGAGGGAUGGAAAGCGCCUGAAGCAUCUUGGCUCUGUUCCUCAACUUACAUUUUGGCGUGUAUAAUUUGCUAAUGGUAAAGAGUGUAAAUGUUUUGAAAAGACAAGUGACUUUCUGAAAUGGUAGCCGAUCCUUUUCUUUUAUUGAAAACACUGAAGAAAAUUUUGCCAAAUGGAAAAAUUACCCAUAAUCCUCACCACCUGAUACAGUGACUUCAGAACAUUGAUUUUGUAUUACUGUUUUUUUAACUAUUUUUUAAUUUCAUAUUAUUUGACUAUUUGUAUUUAGUUUUGAUAAUGAUUAUUUAAUCUUUUUACUUGAGUUUAUUUAAACCAUUUCCCUAUUGCUAAAUUCUUAGGUUAUUUUCAGUUUUAUUAGGAUAAGUUCCUGGAAGUGGAAUUAUUAAAUGAAGUAAUAUAAACAGUUUUAUGGUUCUUAAUAAGUUUGCCUUAUUGCUUUCCCAGAGAGUUGUAACAUUUUACAGUGUUACCAUUUGAGUAUAUCAGUUCACCAGAAGUUUACAGCUUUGGGUGGGGGGGUUAUAUGUUACUGUUGCUAAUUUAGUAAGUUAUAAGAGCUCAAAAUUGCUGAUUUACCUUUGUGUGACUUUUUCAUAUACUUUGUCACUUAUAUAAAUAAAUGUCUUAAUGGUUUCUUUAUACAUUUGUGUGAGUUAUUUGUGCAGUAAAUACUUGGUAGAAGUA